GUGACAGGCUGGGUUUUCCUCACCCCGAGGUGCCAACCUCAAACGGCACCAUAAACGAUGGCUACGCUCACACCAGCAUUCCCACGAUAUGUCAACCAAAUGGCCACUCAGACCACGGGUCCAGUUCUGGUGUGAGUUCUUUCGGUGAUCCAGAACGUCCUCUGCAUUCCACGAUCAUACCACCACCAGUUAUCUUUAAGAGCUCCAUCAAGCAGAGGUUCUCCGCGGAGAGGAUAAAAUCCAGCCCACCGCCGGCGACCACUCCGGAGAAGCCAUGUUCGUCCCACGGUGUACCAAUAUUUGCUCUUCACGAUGGCGGCGCUUUUUACGUCCCGUUCACCGUCGAGGCGUCGCUGUUGAGGCCUCAUCUGAAUUUUAUCCCGGAUACCGGCCCAGACACAGUCCUCCAUCCUGUGACGAUCUCGGUGAACUUCAAUCAGUCGAGUCCACCGGCAUGGUCGAAUCAUCAUAGCCCCAUGCAUCAACAGACAUAAACGAACGAGGUGUUUCUCGAAAUGUGGCCCGAUAUUUUAU